UGCAACUGUAUGUCUCUCCUAAUCUCCUGUAGUCCAAAUUUACUUCAGAAGUAUUUUUGAAUGUCGAUGAACUCCAUGACCAGAAUGUAAUCUUAUCCCGCUUUGUUGGAUUCAGUGGGCAAAGGAGAGAAUACGGAAAAUGUCAACAAAGGCCCCAAUCUACCUGAAAAGGGGCAGUCGCAAAGGGAAAUUAAGAGACCUCCUGUCACCUGACAUGAUUAGUCCACCACUUGGAGAUUUUAGACACACUAUUCAUAUUGGCAGUGGAGAAGGGGAUGUGUUUGGGGAUAUGUCUUUCUUGCAAGGAAAGUUCCACCUCCUUCCACGAUCAAACCCAGGAUCUCCUGCAUCUUCUCCAUGCAGAACACAACCACAGUCCCAUUCAGAGCUUCCAUCACCCCUGCUAAAGAAUGCCAUUUCACUUCCAGUUAUAGGUGGACCUCAGGCUCUCUCCUUGCCUCAGGCUCCCCCUCCGAAGCCCCCUCGGCUUCACUUAGAUGAGACCAGUAAAAUUCCAUUGAAGGAUGUGGGAGGAGUUCAACAGGCUAUACAGGUCACUUCUCAUAAUCCUAUAACAGCAGAGAAACAGGAGGAAGAAAUUCUUGGCCAUGCUGGAUCCCUGCUUUCCUUACAUGUAGAUCUUGGUCCCUCUAUUCUAGAAGAUGUGUUGCAGAUAAUGGAAAAGGUGUAGUGCUCAUUUGGCUCACUUGACUUCUUGUAACACAAACCUUUUAAAUCAACAGAAGAAUAAGAGAAGUGACUGUGAAGUAAACGAAACUGCAUUAUAGAAUGAUGAAUACUACCUAUUAAAAUGCAAAGCUAUAUAAUGCCAAAUAUCUAUAAUUUUCAUAGUGAACACACUGUGCCUCCGUAUUGCUUAAUUCUCCUUGUGAAUUGCUGAAAUGAAAACAUGUUUGCAUCUAUAUAGAAUGUGUGAUGCACUCCUUCCUUAUACUGACCUGUAAAUUGAUUAAUAGAAGCAAAACUUUGAGCCAUGCUAGUGCCUUCUAUUGUUUGGAACCACUAGAUAUGCCAUUUUAUCAUAUUUUUUUUUAUAUAUUUUUUUAUUAUCAAAAUUUGUAAACUUUUCUUAUGAUAAAAUAUACAAAAUAUGUAUUCUUAAACCCCCUUUUGUUUUAUUUUGCGUGUUGAUUAAGGUUGUGCUUAUAUAUUCAUGCAGCAAAACUAGAAUUUCUAAUCAAUUCCUUAUUCUAAAGUUAACUUGCAUCUCAUCGCUCCACCAUGACAAAGGUUACCUAAAACAAUUAACAAACUGGAAGACAUAAAUGUGGGAGUCCUGGAGGUAAGAAGUUAAGAUGACUAUUCCAAUAUCAUUUGGAUUAAGGAUGCAUUGAAGAUAAUUGCUUAUUGGUUAAUGUUAUGUGUACUGAAAUGUAAUAUUCAGAAUUUUGGAAAACACAAUUCCAUUUAGUUGUUUACGUCCAAGAAGUGGUAAAAUGCAGGUAUUUCACUUUUCCUCUCA